GACUUGCACACUUCCCCCGCUGUCUAGGAAUCAUGGCGGAAUGUAAAAAAUCUACCUCAUGUCCGUCUCCAGCUUCAGAAAUGACCUCUCUCGCUAGAGCUUUGUCCCAUUCAAGGUUGAGUCAACCUGAUCAGUCUGAUGUGUUCAAAUCGCAGACUUCUGUUUACCGGAGCAAUGUUGCACAGCCAGGCCGACGGAGUAGGUUAUCGAGCAGCAACAGUGUUGAGUCUCUGGAUGUGAGCCUCUGUGCUGAAGCGCGAGUCUUGGUCAUCAACACCGGAGGAACUAUCGGGAUGAUGUAUCAUAAUAACGUGCUAUCCCCAGAGCCUAAUGCGUUAGUGAAGGCCCUGCGAAAGCUUCCCAUCCUCCAUGAUGAGCAGUAUGCCCUGCAGACCCGUAUGUACGACUACUACAGCACCAGUGGCCCACCGGAGAACACCCUUGUCCUGCCGAUGCCGACACACCUCGCUGAUGAACUAUCAAAAAGGCUGUGUAAACAAAAUAAGAGGAUAGUGUACACUGUUUUAGAGUACAGCCCCUUGCUGGACUCUUGCAAUAUGACCACAGAUGACUGGGCUACAAUUGGGAAGGACAUUGAGAAACACUAUGAGAAGUAUGACGGUUUUGUCAUUCUCCACGGCACGGACACCAUGGCCUACACAGCAUCUGCUCUGUCCUUCAUGUGUGAGCAUCUGGGGAAGCCUGUCAUCCUCACCGGCUCCCAGGUGCCGAUCUAUGAGAUGAGGAACGAUGGAAGAGACAACCUGUUGGGGGCGCUGCUGAUCGCUGGUCAGUUUGUCAUUCCUGAGGUUUGUCUGUAUUUCCACAACAAGCUGUACCGGGGCAACCGUGUGACCAAGGUGGAUUCUGGGAGUUUCAAUGCCUUCAAUUCUCCUAACCUGGCUCCUCUGGCCAAUGCUGAAGUGGAUAUUAAAAUUAACUGGGACACGGUGUGGAGAGCAAACACAACCUCGCGGUUCAGAGUGAGCACUCAGAUGAACCGUAACGUGGGUCUGCUGAGACUCUUCCCAGGCAUCACUGCUGUGACUGUGAAGUCCUUCUUACAGGUGCCCAUGGAGGGCAUUGUCCUGGAGACGUAUGGUAGUGGAAACGCCCCUGACAACCGUGCUGACCUGCUUGAGGAGUUCCGGAAUGCCACAGAGAGGGGCGUGAUCAUGGUCAACUGCACCCAGUGUCUGAGGGGUUCUGUCACCACAUCGUACGCCACCGGAAAGGCCUUGAGUGAUGCAGGACUGGUGGCAGGCUGUGACAUGACUCCUGAGGCUGCCCUGUGCAAGCUGUCCUACGUGCUGGCCAGGACGGACCUCAGCAUAGAGGCCAAAAAAAAGAUGCUGAGUCAGAACCUACGGGGAGAGAUGAUCGCUGACCUGCAGGGGGCCAAGCUCACUCUGAGCGACAGUCGCUUCAUCCAGGUCAUCGCCAAGUCCCUGAGCAUCAGCUGUAAGGAGGAGCUAGAAGCUGUCCGGGAUGCUCUGACCCCCACCUUAGCUUGUGCCGCUUCUAUGUUGGGAGACGUGGAGGCCUUGGAUGCCAUAAAGGAGAUGGGCAGUAACCUAAGUCUGGGGGAUUAUGAUGGACGUACACCUCUGCACAUCGCUUCCUGUGAGGGCCACCUCAAAGUGGUGCAAUAUCUACUGAGCCAGGGCGCCACUGUCUACGCCAAAGAUCGCUAUGGGGACACACCCCUGCGCAAUGCUGUGCGCUUCAGACACAAAGAGGUGGUGAAGCUGCUGAGAAAGACUGGAGCUCAUUUCUCCAGGGAUGAGUUGGAGGAUGCCGGCUCAGAGCUGUGCAGUCUAGCAGCCAGUGCUGACAUUGAGGGCCUGGAGAUGUGGCACCUGGCCGGGGGAGACCUGGACACACCAGGCUACGACGGGCAGACGCCGAUGGAGGUGGCUAAGGCUGUGGGGAAUGAAGUUGUGAUUGACUUCUUACACCAGGUCAGCCAGUACCACGCCCAGCCUCUGUUUAAAGAUGAUGCUGAGAAUGGAGAAUACAUUGAGUUCUCAGCCUGUCCAAAAGAAUCCUGAAGACCAAGAUCCUCACCUCUUACCUCUCCAUUUUACUCUCUUACGCUGGACAUUUGCACAAGCUUGCAGAUUAACAGUUUUUAUUUAGAUUCAUCCAUACCAUUUACAAUUGAUAUAUUUGCGAUAAUCUCAUAUACAGUUGGUAAACUGUAGUUGUAAAAGCACUAGUAGCACAACAUUGGAUAUCAAGUAAUAUGGAUGCACUGUGCCUAGAACAAGCAGCACUAUAUCUGUUUGUUUUGUAUGUACCACAGUAUAUGAUGCAUGUGGAGCAAUUCACUCUAAUAUGAAUUAUCAGAGAUCAUUGGAAGCACAGGGUAGAAUGUUGUUCUUUAUACUAGGCAUUUGAUUGGUAGAAUGCUGUACCUUUAUGAAACACUUAGAGACAUUUAUUCUAAACGGAAAUCAUUGUGUGAAUAACUGUUUGCCUAUAUGUUUAUAGUCUCACUUAGACUGCAUGAAUGAUACAUUUCUUCCACCUCCUGAAAGUACAGGUAUCUGAGGUGUUUCCUGUUUAUAAAACAGGACAAUUAUCCCUCUGUUCUGCUUCCACACAGCUCCUAGCAUCCAAACCCAGGGUCCUCUAUAGUUGAUAAAAGCAUCUGCUAAAUUAAAUUUUUAUCUAAAGCAACUUGCAGAGACAAACGGUUACUCCAAUCAAAGUGAAAUUCCAACCCACAUUGUCUUCUAUAGUUGGGGUUGUGUACUACAUCUUCUGCCUUUGUCUCAUCCUGCUUACUUGUUUCCUUACUCUAACAGCCCGGGCAGAGAGACCAAUGUCAUAUAGCUGGACAUCACUUCAGCUGUUAUCCAAUAACUGUUACUCAGUGCUACGCUCCUCUACUCUCUAUGUUCAUGGUCAAUUAACUAUUUGAUUCAAUUAAAUGUCAACAUUCAUUAGUAUGUGUCAAUCCAUGUCAUGGUUUUUGUCAUGCAUAUUUGUACUAUUGUGUAACUAGUAGAAAAUGUAUCAUAACUUAAUACUCGACUGUGAUUAAAUGUAUACAUCUAUGCUGUAUCUGAAGCACACAGGUUUGUGGACAAUAGGAUGUUCUCUGUUCGUUUCUACCGUUCAAAAGUUUGGAGUCACUUAGAAAUGUCCUUGUGCUUUUCUUUCAAAAACAUAUUUUGUCUAUUAAAAUCAUUGAUCAGGAA